GCUGUUCUGAACAUUCUCCGCUGUGCUGCUGCGGAGGAUUUGGUUUGCCCCGCCCACGAUGGGGUGGACGUGUUGCGCUCGAGCGCUUCCAAGGUUGUGGAGGCCGCAGCACCCCUGCAGCUCGCCGUGAAGGAGCCGGAGGAUUCGUGGGUGUUUGCCAACGCAGAGUACCCUGGCUACGACUGGACUCUGCGAGCCCGGACGCCAUGGACGGAAUUUGCCGAGUUUGCCGACAUAUGCCGCUCCAGAUCCCAGGCACGGUGCGCAAGAACGCCUCGGACUUCGCGGACUACGCUGCCGAGUUCCUCAGAGACAUCGUCAACGUGGACCACGACGACGCCCGUGUCCUGGACAACGGGUUUUGGUUCGCGGCCGCGAAGACCUGGCGACCCUCAUCGAGCAGAUCGGGAAGCAGCUCUACGCCCCUAUCUGGAGCGAACGACGAACCCCACCCAAGCCGCUCAACGACAGCAAAUUCCUGCCCCAGCAGUCGCCGGACGACUGGCCCGCAGCACACCCCUGCCGCAGCUAGAUGGGGAUGCCUGCCGCGGCAAGAUGGUCUUUGCGGACGGCUACAUCGUCGACCUCCAGACUGGAGAGAGGAGGCGGGCCCUUCCGAGCGACAGGAUGAAGCUACGCGCCGCUGCUGAUUCGAAGGCAUGGGAGCCCCAGACGCCCACGCUCCUCUUCGACUACAUCGCGGACUUUCUUGCGCACCGGCAAGCAGGAGAUGGGCAGCUGCAAGGAGGGGCUGCGUGUGCAGAAGUGACGUUCACCAGGGCAGUCACCGCAGAUCCUCGCUACUGCGAGCUGUUGUACAUGUAUGGUCUCGGGAACGCCGGGAAAGAUGUCAUAGGCCUCCUCUUCAUGAGCUUCUUCGGGUUCUCGGACAUUCACUACGGCGUCAUGGCACCAGGUGGCUUCACGCAUCGCAGAGACGGGGAGGCAGCCACUCCCCUGAUGGGAAGGCUGCCCGGCAAGAGAUACUUGUGGCUGAGCGAAGUGCCGGAACACAAGGACCUCAAUGGCGAGUUCCUCAAGCCGUUCUGCGAAGGCGAAAACUUCGGCAGGCCCCGCUUGACUUCCGUCCUGCAGCCACGGAGAGUGCGGCCAUGGCAGACGCUCACCGAGUUUGUCUCUCGUCCACAGCUGCUCACGCAGAAGAAGUGCUCUCAGAUCCGACCGAAGCCGCCUGGUGUGGAGGAGCUCGAGCGGGAGUUCUGCGUGGGCGACUCGGCGUUCGAGGAGGCCCCGAGCGUGGAGAGAUUCGUAGAGCUUCACUGCGUCAAGGUCACCUCGCACGGAGAGGGCUCCAAGUACACAGAGUUCAUUGCCAAGCUUGCUGUCUUCUUGGGGGUGAGCUCGCGGGUGGCGAAGCUGGAGGCGCGGAGGGCCGGCUACACAUCCCACCGAGGCGCCCAGAGGAUCGUCAUCUCAUCACAUGGAGCGUGGAAGCUCAAGCCUGAGCGCUCGCAGGGCUGA